AAAAUCCUUGACACCUUCAUCACUCUACUUUCUGUUUCCUUUGUUGUGUAUAUAUGUUCAUACCAGCCGUCUCUCUACAAGAAGUAAUAUAUUACUUUAUCAAUACAAACUUGGGGUCUUUUUCUUUUUCUCUCUCUCUCUCUAAUAUCAAAGAUGGAAGCAAAAUUUCUUUCAAGCAACAGAAGCAAUAUUUCAUCAGUACCUCUGCCGAGGCAUCUUCCCAAGCUUCAUCACUUGCCCGUGCUUGCAGUGCUCACUAGGCGACCUGAGAAUAUUACAGGAGUAAGGGAGAAGUUAAGUUCAAAGCCGGUAGAUAACAUAGCGGAACUUACAAGAAAGACCGUCUAUAAUGAUAACUGGUUCGAUCAACUAGCCAUAAACCAUCUGUCACGGAGUGUUCAAGCUGCAACAGGGUUCAGAAACAGCAAGACUGGUUAUGAGAGCUUGGUGCAGGCAGCCAUGGAUGCUUCGCAAAAAUUCAACUUGAUUCAGCAACGUGAACUUGUGCUUCAAGCUCUUGAUAGUGCCUUCCCCAGAUCGAUCCUCCACCUGAUAAAGACAGUGCUGCCCCAAUCUAAAUUUGCAAGAGAAUUUUUUGCAGCCUUCACCACCUUCUUUUUUAUAUGGCUAAUCGGACCAUGCGAGGUGCGGGAAUCGGAGCUCAAUGGGGGAAAAGAAAAGAAUGUAGUCCAUAUAAAAAAGUGCAGGUUUUUAGAAGAGACUAAUUGUGCUGGGAUGUGUACUAAUCUGUGUAAGGUUCCGAGUCAGACAUUUAUUAAGCACUCGCUGGGAAUGCCUGUCAACAUGGUUCCUAAUUUUGAUGAUAUGAGCUGUGAGAUGAUAUUUGGUCAGGAACCUCCUAUGUCAACUGAAGAUCCAGCAUUCAAUCAACCAUGCUACAAACUAUGUAAUACUUCAACUCAUCCCUUUUUUCCUUGCAUGCACACUGGCAGAGACUUGUAAUCCUCAUUUAUCUCCUAAAAACAGCCUCAUACUAGAUCAUCCCGUUUGGUAGUAGAUAUCUUAAAGUUAAAACGGAAAACUGUUUCUGGCUUUGCUUAAUUUAUAAGUGUGUAAUUUCACAGGUAAAGCAAACCACAAGCAUAGAGUGAAAUGCUCCAGAUAACAUGAAGGGGUAUAAAGAAGGGCAGUUCAGAUGAGAAUCUUCCAUCAUGACUGCCAAUUGCCAGAUAUCAUUUCUCCAUGUUCCUAGAACAAACUUUUCAUAAAUAUCUGCAUUGGAAAAUCAAAAGAAAAGCCACUCAAUGCUUCUGCUAUCUAAGGAUUACUUCAACAUACUCGGGAACAAUCGAAUUGAGGAUUCAGAAAUUUAUGACAAGUAAGCAUAACACACAACACGCAGGAAUGUUAUAAUUCAUUACAAAACUUAAGCAAUAUGCAAGAGCAAUUGUUCAUUACCAGUAACAUAAAUGGUGACAAUGGCCUGUGUAGGUUGUGUCGCUUUCUUUUUUCUAGUGUGUUAAUUUCCCUUUUUUCA